ACUAAUUUACACAGUACUCAUGAACACACUAUAGUCACCGCCCUCUUAACAAAAUUCAUGUACCAUCUGUAGGUGUGGAGCCCAUUCCAAAAUAUACACUGGAGCGUAAACCGAACAUGGCCAAUCAGGACGUGGAAUUUGUGCGAACGGGAUAUGGAAAGAACCUCGUCAAGGUGCUGUAUGUCAGGCGAGAAGGAACACAGCAUCAAAUCAAAGAGCUGAAGGCCAAUGUUCAGCUUACCCUGAAGACACGCAAAGACUACAUGUUCGGAGACAACAGCGAUAUCAUCCCUACUGACACCAUAAAGAACACCGUUCAUGCCCUUACUAAGAUCAAAGGAGUUAAGACCAUAGAAGAGUUUGCCAUGGACAUCUGCAGGCACUUCUUGACAUCCUUCAACCACGUCACUCGGGCCAAAGUGGACAUUGAAGAGAUGCCGUGGAGAAAAUUGGAGAAGAAUGGCAUUGAGCACGCCCACGCUUUCAUCCUAAGUCCUGAGGCUUGGAGGUUCUGUGAGGUUGAGCAAUAUCUUAAUGAGACCCCAGUGAUUCACAGUGGCAUAAAGGACAUGACUGUGCUGAAAACUACGCAGUCUGGCUUCGAGGGGUUUCUGAAGGACAGGUUCACCACUCUACCCGAAGUUAAGGACAGGGUCUUCUGCACCAGUGUGUAUGCAAGGUGGCGAUAUAACACACACAUUAAUGUCUCCUUUGAUGCCGCAUGGAAAACUGUAAAAGAUGUUAUUAUCGAGAAGUUUGCUGGCCCAUAUGACCGCGGUGAAUACUCUCCAUCGGUCCAGAAGACUAUUUAUGACACACAGCUUCUCGUUCUUAGCCGAGUGCCACAGGUGGAGGAGAUUGAGAUAGUCAUGCCAAAUCAGCAUUACUUCACUAUAGACAUGACAAAACUGGGAAUUUCCAACAAAGAUGAGGUCCUUCUACCACUUGAUAAUCCCUCUGGCAACAUCACUGGAACCGUGAGGAGAAAAGCACGAGCUAAACUCUAGAGGGCGCUGCCAAGGUGCAAAACAAGUGGAGCCAUAAAUAAAUAAAUAAGUAGCGCAAAUAAAUAAUUAUGUAGUUAUAAGGAUAAGUUAAAUGCUCUGUGUCCUUUCAAAUACAUCUAAUUCACAUUUAGAUGAUGCUUUUAAAUGGAUGUGUUGGAAUCAUUUGCUAUGCUCAUGUAUAACCUAUUAUAUGUCAUUAUAAUUGUGGAUAUUGCUCUGUUAAUUAAACUUUAUUGCAACAUA